AUGAGUGAUGCCCAUAUGCAAAUCGACUGUGGUUUUGGGCGAGAGUACGGAAAAUUUGACUUUCCUGCUGUCGCUCCGAACCUCGUACUGCUUGGGGGCAUGGGGCGCAUAUGCGACGUCGAAUUACAAGAUUUCAUUGUUCUCCAAUUGACGCGCUUCGAGAAUGUUUUCUAUGUAAUGGGACUAGAUGAGUUUUAUCAGUCUACCAUAACGAUUGGACGCCAACAGAUGCAAGAUUUUGCAGAAAAUCUCGUCAAAAACCCACCCAAGAAGCUACACAACGGCGAAAAUAUUGAAAGGCUUGGCAAAUUACACUAUUUGCAUCGUACCCGUGUCGAUAUCGAUGAUAUUACCCUCCUUGGGUGUACACUUUGGAGAGGCUGGAAGGAGGACUCAAAUCAUGCUCGCAGACUAGCAAGUGCCACUUAUCGCCCUAUCAAGGACUUCUAUGCCGAAGAAGAAAAAUUAGAGAGAGAUCUUGAUAUGAUUUGGCUUCAAUCCCAACUGGAGGCUUGUGCGAAUGGCAGGCCAACCUCUCCAGCAUCCGAAAAGGAUUCCACGGUGCCGCCAGAACAAUCCUCCACAAUGGACGAGGGUGAUAUUUAUGAUGAUGUUGAAAUGUCGCCCCCUGGCGACUCACUUGGAAGUCAAACAUUCAAAGACGCUCCAUCGACUGGCAAAACACCUCUCGAGUCAUCAGGAUCUGAAUCAGUUAUAACUUCCUCAUCCCCCAAAUACCAGGGACCUCCUCGCCGGGUCGUUAUCCUUACAGCGCAACCUCCCACUUUCAAGCGCACUGCGAUUCUAGGAAUUGGACCGCCCAAGGGCGAACAGACAGAGGAAGCGGUAGUCCUACUCAAGGAUCGACAGUGCUGGGCGCUGGAUGAUGCUCAUGGGGCUGGUGUCAUAGUCAACUCGCCUCUUAACGGAAAUGAUGAGCCUAGGUUACAACAAGUGGACAGUGCGCAGAUUAAAGUCGAAAAGAUGGACACUGAUGUGCACCAAGUGCAACCUUGCGGGCAUGGAGGCGGUUCAACCCAGGAUCCGUAUCGCCCUCCGGGGGUUGCGCUGUGGGCGUUCGGAUAUACUGGCUGGUCGUGCGAUACUAAUUAUAAAGUGCGUGCGACAAUGACUCCUGAUAGUGACCAAAAAGGCAAGAAAUUGGAGGUACCGGCUGGGGGGUCAUCUGAAUACAGUCGAUGUUCUCAAUGUAACAGGGCUUCGGCGCCCAUUCGACUGCUCAGUAACCAGCGUGGUCACCAAUGGGAACGGAAUCCUGUGCCCUACGUUGAUGUGCCGCCUAUUUGGAGGGCAUUCGAUGAAGCGUUGGUGGUCGAUGUGUAA